UUUUCACAACAGGACAAAUAACGCUGCGCCGCCACCAGGUACCUAACAGUGAUCGCACCCCCACCCCGCGAAGCAGGGAACGCGGAUUCGGACCGGCUGCUGUUCCCCGUUUCUGCAGCGGACAGGAUGCCUCAGCCCGAGCCCACUUGCCCGCUCCUCUCAUUUUAAGCGGCGCACCCCCUCCCAGAAAACCCUCCUGGACUGGAAGCCCCGAGGCCAGGGACCCGGUGUCCAGCCCUGGACUAGCUCGCAGGGCCCGGGCCGCAGGCCCACCCGCGCCCGACGCCCGCGCCGACGCCCCGCCCCGCCCGCGCUUCCGCCCCCGCCCUCGCCCUGGUCCGGGCCGGAGCCGGGCGCUGUGGGGUGCGCGUCGUGGGGCUUGCGCGCAGGGCCCGCCGGGGAGGUUAGGCCGGGGAGGGCUCCUGCUCGCGGCUGGGCCCAGGGCCGAGCGCGGCCCGCCAUGGAGGUGGAGGAGGCGUUCCAGGCGGUGGGGGAGAUGGGCAUCUACCAGAUGUACUUGUGCUUCCUGCUGGCGGUGCUGCUGCAGCUCUAUGUGGCCACGGAAGCCAUCCUCAUUGCACUGGUUGGGGCCACGCCAUCAUACCACUGGGACCUGGCGGGCCUUCUGCCGAAUCAGAGCCUCAGCAACCAGUCGGCGGUGGGUGGAGACCAGGCACUCGGGCACUGGCUCCUGGCAGCCAAUGGCAGUGAGAUCCACAAGCACCUGCACUUCAGCAGCAGCUUCACGUCCAUUGCCUCUGAGUGGUUUUUAAUUGCCAACAGAUCCUACAAAGUCAGCGCAGCAAGCUCUUUUUUCUUCAGUGGUGUGUUCGUGGGUGUUUUCUCUUUCGGUCAGCUUUCAGAUCGCUUUGGGAGGAAAAAAGUCUAUCUCACAGGUUUUGCCCUUGACAUCUUAUUUGCUAUUGCAAAUGGAUUUUCCCCCUCCUAUGAGUUCUUUGCAAUAACUCGCUUCCUGGUGGGUAUGAUGAAUGGAGGAAUGUCACUGGUGGCCUUUGUCUUGCUAAACGAAUGUGUGGGCACCACCUACUGGGCACUCGCAGGAUCGAUUGGUGGCCUCUUCUUUGCAGUUGGCAUCGCCCAGUAUGCCCUACUGGGUUACUUCAUCCGCUCCUGGAGGACCCUAGCUGUUCUGGUUAACCUGCAGGGAACAGUGGUCUUUCUCUUAUCUUUAUUCGUUCCUGAAUCACCUCGUUGGUUAUACUCCCAGGGUCGGCUGAGUGAGGCUGAAGCAGCUCUGUACCUCAUUGCCAAGAGGAACCGCAGGCUCAAGUGUACGUUCUCGCUAACACAUCCAGCCAACAGGAAUUAUAAGGAGAGAGGAAGUUUCCUGGACCUGUUCCGUUCCCGGAUCCUUCUGGGGCACACCCUGACCCUGAUGUGCAUCUGGUUUGUGUGCAGCUUGGUAUACUAUGGCCUAACUCUGAGUGCAGGUGAUCUAGGUGGAAAUAUUUAUGCCAGUCUGGCCCUGUCUGGCCUCAUAGAGAUUCCAUCCUACCCUAUAUGCAUCUACUUGAUCAACCAAAGAUGGUUUGGUAGAAAGCGGACAUUAGCAGCAUUUCUGUGCCUGGGAGGACUGGCUUGUCUUAUUGUAAUGUUUCUUCCAGAAAAGAAAGACACAGGUGUGUUUGCAGUGGUGAACAGCCAUUCCUUGUCUCUGCUUGGGAAGCUGACGAUCAGCGCUGCCUUUAACGUUGCGUACAUCUACACGUCUGAGCUUUACCCCACAGUUAUCAGGAAUGUUGGGCUUGGAACUUGCUCCAUGUUCUCUAGAGUUGGCGGGAUUAUCGCUCCCUUCAUCCCCUCACUGAAAUAUGUGCAGUGGUCCUUACCCUUUAUUGUCUUUGGAGCCACCAGCCUAACCUCAGGCCUCCUGAGUUUAUUAUUGCCAGAAACCCUUAACAGUCCGUUGCUGGAGACGUUUUCCGACCUUCAGGUGUAUUCAUAUCGGAGGCUGGGGGAGGCAGCGGUAUCAUUACAGACCUUGGCUCCCCCGGAGUCUGUGGAUAAGGAGAGCACCCUAGGCAGUCACAGUGAGGACGAGGAGGAGUUUUAUGAUGCUGAUGAAGAGACUCAGAUGAUCAUGUGAAGCCCUGGGUUCCUCCUCUUCUGUGCCUCUGUGAAAGCAGCUGCUCCUGGGCAACUUCAGACAGUCAUGACCUCUGGCCAGAUAGCUCAAAUGCAUAUGCCAGGGUGGCAAGCUGGUUUUGUUUCUAGAAGUUCGAUCAUGUGCUUUUCCUCCAUGACCUCAAGGCAGAUAUGGAAAAUUCCUCCUUACCAUUUUAGUGUGAUAAGAUAAACCAUCCUUAAGAUUUCAUAUUUCACAGCCAUCCUUAUCAGUUGCUCCUCACCAAGAAUCUUUUGGGUAGGUUGGUGUUAGCAUUUCAGUGUUGUGCCAGAGGAAGAGCACCGAGGUCAUUUCUGUGGCCCAAGGACGUCCAGCUUUGCCCUGAUAGAUGAAGGUGGGUCCUCAGCUCAGUUCCCAGUCUAAUGGUUGGCUUGAGCUCCUGUGCCCUUUGUCCCUGAGAGGAUCCACUAGGAGAAGCCAAUGGUACCAAAGCCAUUUUCUCAGCAUCUGAGGUUUGGCUGCAGCUCCCUGUGAAAUCCCUUCUAUACUCCAGUUGUGUAAUUCAUUGGUUCCCACUUUUUCACACCUCCAGAAAAAUAUCUGUCUCAAAAUCAACACUAAAUGAUGAAGUUUUAUAAAGGUAGAAGGAUGUGAAAACAUGACAUAUUGAGUACUUGGAUGUUAAAAAGAAAAACACAAUUUUCAAUAAGGAAUAAAGAAAAUCAUCUUUCACAAUGUUUUCUUUGCUUUGUGUUCUGUGCUGUACAGAGAGAGAGUGGGGCAAUAUUUAGGAACUUGAACUCCUGUAGCCCUGAUGAGCCCCUGCCUGUUUGGCCAGAAUGGAGAGCACAGUAAUUUCACAGGAAAUGCUGUUAUUUCAUUAAGUACUACCAACUUUCAAGUAAAUCAAAAUCAUACUUAGUUUCCUAAAAUCAAGUGCUGGAAAUAUUUCCCUAUGAAACUUGAAUGUCAUCUCAAAUAAGAGGAUCAGCCUGGCACCACCAAGCUUGGGCAACAUAACUUUAGGUCACUUUCCCAACUAGGAAGAUUUCUGUGUCUUCAGAUUUCCACUUCUGCUAACCUCUUGGAGAAUAAGAAAUUGCAUUAGAAGUAAAAAAGAAACUUUGCUGAGACUACUUCUGGAAACCUUGGAGGUUUCACUUGGCUCUGAUUCUCUCUGUCCUCUUCUACAUUAACCUCUUGGUUUGCACUAUCAGCCUGUACCUUUGUGUUAUUUUUAUGUCUUUCUGCCCCUGAUUACGUACUGGGCUUUUCAUGAAUAUGGGUCAUCUCUACUACUGUUUAUUUCUCUCUGCUGUGCAUAGAACAUGGGUCUAGCCAUAGUAAGGACCUCAACAAUAUUACUACUUUUAGCCAUCAUGAAAACUGUGAAACUCCUUCUAUUAUCAUUUCUAUAAAUCCCAGACAGAUCUGACCCAAACCCCCCAAACCCCAGAAUCCUGCUUGUCUUUUCUGGAAAAUGGAGACCCUGCUACCAACAGGAGAGGAAAAGAAGAACUUAAUGAAGACACUUAGAAACUCUUCUUCACUAGUCAGGCAUUAAAAAUAGAACAGCUAACUAACAUACGUGAUUUUUGGUUGGUUGGAGUUUUCUUUGUAUUAGAAGAACAAUACAUCCCAUUAUAGACAAUUUGGAAACUGAAAGUUAAAAAGGCUAUCACCAAUUGGCCCAACACCCAGAGACGACCAGUGCGUGGCUUUGUUUUAUCUGAAGACCAUUUGGGAGUCCAUCUCUCUGUUGGCAUUAGGGUUCUCUCUGCCUCUGACUAAAUAAAUGAAGACUCCACUAGUUCUGUUCCUGGGUAUCCUCUUUUCCCAGCUAUGGGUGGAAGAAGGGUGGGAGGGAUACACAGUUUGAACACAUGUUGCUUAAUAAGGUGAGUUGCUCAUGUCAGAUGUGUCACUAAAUGUUCAUUCUUUCUAGAUGGUCUUUUGGAAGUUUAUAAUUACUGUUUUUUCAUUCCACUGCCUUUUGUAAGAACAGAUUUUUUUCCUUUUGAUAUUACCUGUUGAAGAAUAUUGAUUGUAGAGAAUAUGUACACGUGUACAUGUUUGUGUUGUACACAUCUGCGUUGAUUAAAUUAUUGGAAAAUUUUUAGUUCAUAGGUAACAUAUUUUGUGCAGACCAUUUGUAAAAGGUAUGUAUCCUUUUUAACUUUUUUAUUGUAUUCAAAACUAAUUUCUUUUCUCCUCAAAGCUGCAAGGAAAAUAUAAGAUACAUAAGAAACGCCAGGGUUUCUAGGGACAAAAUUCUUGUAAUAGCUUGUCAAGAACUGUGGCACACAUGUAUAUGUUGAAAAAACUGUAUUGCAGCUUCCUGAUUUGGUGAGUUAAAAAUCGCCCAUUGAAAAUGUAGUAUUUGUCAUUUGGCUGCUUUCAGGCAAUGUAGACAUUCUUUAGUAUUUUAAGAUGAGAAAAUAAACUAGAAGCAAAUGAAAGUUUCUUGGGCACUGUUAAAGUGAAUAAAAUCUGGACAGGUAUUUUUUAUCUA